AUGGCUCGCAAGAAGAUCAUUAUCGAUACUGAUCCCGGCAUCGAUGACAUCCUCGCCCUGCUGCUGGCGCUGUCCGCCCAGCCAGAAGAGGUCGAGCUGCUGCUUAUCUCGUUGACAUUUGGCAACAUCGAGGUCAAGAACUGUCUCCGAAAUGUGGUCUCCAUGUUCCACAUCCUCGAGCGUGAGGUUCAAUGGCGUCGCCAGCAAGGCCGCCCAGAAGGUUUUGGCGCUAUGCGUGCCUUCCGCCCCGUUGUCGCCGUGGGUGCAGAGGAUCCGCUGGAGGACCAGAAGAUGCUGGCUGAUUAUUUCCAUGGAACGGAUGGACUCGGGGGCAUCCAUGCUAGUCACCCGCACCUUACUCCUACUCAGACUUGGGAGCACCUCUUCGACCCAGCGGUUGAUCGCCAGGGUAUCGAGACCGUCAAGACUGGCGCCGAUCCCGAAGACCAUUCCUUCAUCCCGUCCAAGCUCCCUGCUCACAAGGAGAUCUUACGGGUAUUGCGCGAGAACGAGCCGGAUACGGUUACUCUGGUUGCUGUCGGCCCACUGACUAACUUGGCUCUUGCAUCUGCCGAAGACCCCGAGACCUUCCUUCGGGUGAAGGAGGUCGUGGUCAUGGGUGGUGCCGUGAACGAGCCCGGCAAUGUCACCCCAGUUGGCGAGUUCAACGCCUAUGCUGAUGCAUUCGCCGCCGCACGGGUGUUUGCACUAACAUCGCCCAACCCCAACUCAACUCUGCCACCGUCCCAGAGCUCUCUACUUCCACCUUAUCCCGCCAAACUGAGCCGUCAAUUGACCCUCCGCCUGUUCCCACUGGACAUCACUCUGCGGCACAAUCUGUCCCGCGGUGAGUUCCGCACUGCCGUAGCCCCCCUCGUCGAGGCUGGCUCUCCUCUCGCCGAAUGGGUCUCCGCCUUUAUGGCGCACACUUUCCAGACCCUGGAAAGACUGCACCCAGGCCACGUGGGUGACGAUGCGGAGCUCAGUCUGCACGACCCGGUUUGCGUGUGGUACGCCCUGACGUCUGAGGACCCGCACUGGGCGCCCACAGCCACCUCCCCUGAGGAUAUUCGUAUCGAGACGACGGGCCAGUGGACUCGUGGAAUGUGCGUUGUUGACCGGCGUAGCCGGCACCGAAUUGAGGGUGACGAGGAGACUUCGAGUGACCACGGCCGUUGGUUGAGCCAGCGUGCUGGUAACCGUAUUUAUCGCAUGGAUGUGUCGCCCGCGGAGAAGACAUUUGGAAAGAUCCUCAUUGAGAAGCUUUUCGGUUAG